AUGGACGCGCUGAACGCGUUGUUGUGUGCCCUGCCUGACGAGGUGGUCGAUCCAGAAGAAGACGCCUUUCUGGUCUUCUCGCAGCCAGUGCCCUCGCACGAGCUUGGCAUUCUCGACCCCAAAUCCGCGUCGUUGGAUGUGACCGUUGCCGGCCGCGACCUGACCAUCGCGCAGUCCCCCAGCCUGCUCACCUCCAACCGCGCACUGGGCAGCACCGGCGCCGUCGUGUGGAAAGUCACGCCGCUCUUUGCCGAAUGGUUGGCGUCAGACGCCAACAUCCUGUUCAGAAGCCACGCCCUCACCCCGCACUCGACCGUUCUGGAGCUGGGCUGCGGCGUGGCUGGCAUCGUUCCAUUGGUCCUAGCACCGCGCAUAGGCAGAUACGUAGCCACCGAUCAGGACUACGUGUUAAGACUGCUGAAACAAAACAUCGCCCAGAAUACCACCCUACCGUCCGCACGCCGCGCAAAGCCUCAGAAGUUACGCGCCAGGGCAGAGGGGGCCUCGGCUGGCAACAUCGAGACGCUGACGUUAGACUGGGAGCGUGAUUCGGUGGCCGCUCUUCCCCAACAACUAAAACAGCAGCCUGAUGCAUCAGAUGAUGUCGGAGUCGACGCCGUCAUCGCCUGCGACUGCAUCUACAACGAGGCCCUAAUCGAGCCUUUCAACAAUACCUGCGCGGACAUAUGCGCCUUACGUGCGAAAGACAACCGCCCUACCUUCUGCAUCAUUGCACAGCAGAGGAGAACGUAUGAGGUCUUCGAGCAGUGGCUGAUCUCUUUCCACGAGCGGUUUCGGGUAUGGAAGCUGUCAGACGAGCAUUUGCCCGAUGGCUUGCAGGAAGAUUCGGGCUUCAUGGUGCACAUCGGUGUUCUGCGGUAG